CAUCAUGGCGACGCUAAUUCGCAGCAAGAUCUCCAACGUGGCCACCUCGGUUUCCAACAAGUCCCAGGCGAAGGUCAGCGGCAUGUUUGCCCGCAUGGGCUUCCAGGCAGCGACCGACGAAGAAGCGGUGGGGUUUGUUCACUGCGAUGACCUGGACUACGAGCACCGGCAGGGACUGCAGAUGGACAUCCUGAAGUCCGAGGGCAGCGAGGAAGGAGGUGAGCCGCCCUUGGAAGGAGAUACCCACUACCAGAGGGACGGCACGGGACCCCUGCCUCCCUCCACUUCCAAGGACGAUGGCGUGUGCUCCGAGCUGUCCACUCAAGGGAAGCCCAGGAUCACCGCCUGGGAAGCCGGCUGGAAUGUCACCAAUGCCAUCCAGGGGAUGUUUGUUCUUGGCCUGCCCUAUGCUAUCCUUCACGGUGGAUACCUAGGACUCUUUUUAAUCAUUUUUGCAGCAGUGGUUUGCUGCUACACUGGGAAAAUCCUCAUUGCCUGUCUCUAUGAAGAGAAUGAAGACGGAGAGAUAGUCAGGGUGAGAGACUCCUAUGUGGAUAUUGCCAAUGCUUGCUGCACUCCUAGGUUUCCUAGUCUCGGGGGCAGGAUUGUAAAUGUGGCCCAGAUCAUAGAACUGGUCAUGACCUGCAUCCUGUAUGUAGUGGUCAGUGGUAACCUGAUGUACAACAGCUUCCCAAACUUGCCAGUGUCCCAGAAAUCAUGGUCCAUCAUUGCGACAGCAGCGCUUCUGCCUUGUGCUUUCUUGAAGAACCUCAAAGCUGUUUCCAAAUUCAGUUUACUCUGCACCUUGGCUCAUUUUGUGAUCAACAUUUUAGUGAUUGCCUACUGCCUCUCCAGAGCCCGGGACUGGGCAUGGGAUAAAGUCAAGUUUUACAUUGAUGUGAAGAAGUUCCCCAUCUCAAUUGGCAUCAUUGUCUUCAGCUACACCUCUCAGAUCUUUCUGCCUUCCUUGGAAGGGAACAUGCACAAUCCAAAGGAGUUCCACUGCAUGAUGAACUGGACUCACAUAGCCGCUUGCAUCCUGAAGGGGCUCUUUGCCUUGGUAGCCUACCUGACUUGGGCUGACGAUACAAAAGAAGUCAUUACAGACAACUUGCCAUCCACCAUUAGAGCUGUCGUUAACCUUUUCUUGGUAGCCAAGGCUUUGCUCUCCUAUCCUUUGCCUUUCUUUGCAGCUGUGGAGGUCUUGGAGAAAUCUCUCUUCCAAGAAGGAACCAGGGCUUGCUUUCCUAAUUGCUAUGGGGGUGACGGGAGGCUGAAAGCCUGGGGACUCACCCUUAGGUGUGCUCUUGUGGUGUUCACCUUGCUGAUGGCCAUUUAUGUCCCCCAUUUUGCCCUCCUGAUGGGCCUCACAGGAAGCCUCACAGGGGCAGGCCUCUGUUUCCUCCUUCCCAGCCUUUUCCACCUGAAGCUAUUAUGGAGGAAACUCUUGUGGCACCACGUCUUCUUUGAUGUGGCCAUUUUUGUAAUAGGCGGUAUAUGCAGUGUGUCAGGCUUCAUUCACUCUUUAGAAGGCCUCAUUGAAGCUUUUAGAACCAAUUCAGAAGACUAA